UAUGUAAUGAAAUAGUACAGCGUGAACAGGUUUACUUGUAGAUAGCAACGAUAUCAGCGCAUGGUGGAAACCUUAUCAGUACCGGUGGCCACAGAUUAUAGACUUAGAAGAGCAGAGCCCACAGCAUGAAUCAUUUUCGUUCGCCUCAAACAGUUGUUAAGUUGCGGUUUCACGGAAAACACUUCAUUUAUUGAUUUCUUUUCUGAAAACACUGAAGCAGUAUUUCUUGAGUGAAUUUUCGAAUAUUUUAGGUUUAAAUCAUGGCAGACAUUGAACCAAGGAUUGAUUUUAUAAAAUUGAAAUGCUUUCCUGAAAUCGACUACCAAAACAAAAACAGUCAAAUCCCGACCGUAACAUUUCUUGAAUCAGCAGGUGAAGUCAUCGAUGGCAUCGAAUCAUUCGGAAGACUGUUUGUGCCAAUAGUGCGUGAUAUGCGUGGCAAUGUGAAGCGGCUUGAAACUAAAUAUAGCGAGAACAAAGAAGCUUUUUAUUAUCUGGAAGACCUUAUUCUUUUUGAUAAAAAUGGAAAAGCGAAUUCGUUCGAUACCGUAACUGACGCGUUACUCUGGUUGAAACGAGCUCUUGAAAUGAUAGAAAUGUUCUUUAGAAACAUGCUGGAUGAUACCUCAUGUAGUGACAAUGUGAAGCAUCACCUGAAAAAAGCUUAUGAUGAGGCUUUACUACCUUAUCACGGUUUCUUGGCUCAAAAAGGGUUCCAAAUCCUUAAUCAUUAUGUACCAUCACGGACAACUUUGCUUGGUUCUGCAAAAACAAACCAACAAAAUAUGGAUGCUUUGAAAAAGUUCUUAUUCACGUUUCGAGCCAACAUUAAUUACCUAAAUAACUUUUUUGAUGUACAUGACUUCAAUAAAACAUAUAAAGUAUAAAUUGCAAACAUGUUUUUCAUUCAUAUAUUCAACCAUAUUCUUCUAUCGAUGCGUUUUUGUACUCUGGAAUUGUUCUCGAUGGAAGAACGAAGCUCGACGUAUAGCUGCGAAACUCGAUACUAUUUGUAAAAAGAGCAAAACGCAUUGAACCGCUUGAAUGACUGUACUUAUUACAUAUUUGAGAAUUGCCUCGUUUGACAUCAUGUAUAGCUGUAGCGGUGUUUGUAUAAAUACAGACAAUAUCCAGUAUCCAGCAAAAUC